AUGGAUUCAUCUUUCUCCUCAUACAGGAAAAGCUUUAGCACUAAUGUUUGGCACAUUUUAAGCUGGAUAUUGUACGCUGGUGGAGCAGGGCCCGUCGCAACAGCGAAUAUGGGUGUAUUUGUACCACUGGUGAUCAUGAAGAAUGCUCAUAUCAAUGGUUUUUUAAGAAGAGACCACACAAUUCCAUGCUUCAGCUUCCCUGAUGAACCGUGUUCUGUGCGCGUACUUCACUCUAUAUGGAUUGACACAGGAUCUAUCUUAUUUGCUGCAUUCGCGUUUUCGAAUCUCCUUCAAUUGUGUUUAAUGACAGGUGUAGGCGUGGUUUGCGAUUAUGGUAACUAUCGACGUUAUAUCCUUCAUUUAUGUGUCUUAGUCGGCUCAAUCAGUACUAUAAUUUUACCAUGGCUCCCCGCUUCUUUAUUCAGUUUGCAGUUGGUUGCGUUUCUUGCAAUUGAUCUGUCGUUUAUUAUCGCACAGUCUUGUUACGACUCCUUCCUGCCUAUCCUAUUACGAUAUUACCCGGUAUCAAAUACUCCAUAUACAUUGGAAUCUGCGAUACAGAAUGAGACAUCUAGUAUUGGAAACGCUUCUUCUUCUGAAGAGAGCAUAGUGAAUUCGGAAAAUGAAGAAGAGUACUUGAAUGAGCAAAGUUUGAUUUUGAAUGAAUCUGCUCCUCCUGUCGAUGCUGAAGAGGAAGACAAGUCCAGAAUUGCUGCUAGAUUGUCAAGCGUAGGGUUCAGCUGUUUUUUUGGAUCGGCAAUCCUUCUUCAAUUAUGUCUUGUACCACUCUUGUACAAAGCAACUCCCGACUCUUCAUUGAUUCCUAUUGCUAUUACGGUCUGUGGUACUUGGUGGUUACUCUUGUCAAAUCCCCUUUGCUUGUUUGUUAAACUCCCAAAUGAUAAUCAUACUACCAAUCCCCUUUGGAAGAUCAUCUUAAAUAGUACUAAAGAAUCUUAUCAUUCUCUACAGCAUGCCAUGAGCAUUCUACCUAUUCGUUUGUUUCUGUUUUCACGUUUAUUUAUUAAUUGUGGUCUCCAAACCACCCUUACUUCCGCUAUUAUAAUAGGAAAAUCGAGAUUAAAUUUAUCAAACUUCCAGCUUGCAUUACUCGGUAUGGGAAUAUCUUUGUUUGCUUUGGUAGGUACUAUUAUCUUACCUUAUCUCACUGAAUACUUUCGUUUAACCAAUUUACAAACCGUGAUCAUCAUCGCAAUGAUUUUACCUUUAGCCCCCAUGUAUGGUAUGUUGGGUUUUCUUCCUGGCUUUGAUGGCGGUAUGUGUACUGCUGCCGAUAUUUUCAGGACCACUAUUUUUGUGAGCUUUUUAUUAGGUGGCGCUCAUAGUUUCUGUCGUUCUGUUUAUUCACAAUUAAUUCCUCAUGGAAAAGAGACUAGAUUCUUUGCAUUAUACUCUCUCAUUUCUCAAGCCGGUGUCUUUUUCGGCCAAAUAUCUCUAACGAUAAUUACUUCCAUGACUCCAGACCCCGGAGCUGUUUAUGCGUUCAUUAUGGUUGUUAUGAUCCUUCCCUUGCCCUUCUUAUGGCUCAUGUAUAAACAUACUAAAUCCACUCAUCUCUCUUAA